UUGCCGUUUUACCACGGCGCAAUGUAGCACCUCACGACUGCUUGCAAUCAUUCAUUCAUGCAUUCGUAUCUGAAGAGAGGAGAGGGAAAACGAUAAAAAAAAAAAAGAAUCAUUUUUUUUGACAAGUCAAGUCCUAUCUGUAAUAAUCCUUCACAUACUUGAGAGUUAAAGAGAUAGAAGAUCAGUGACUGAAGAGUGAAGAAAGAUCACUCAGUCACUCACACACCGCCGGUUGUUGUUGUUCUCAGCUUGGUGAUACAAUGGGUGCUUCUGGGAGAUGGAUUAAAGCAUUGGUUAGUUUCAAUAAGUCAAGGUCUUCUAACAAGGAUGAUCAUGUGAAGGUUGCAAGCAAAAGCCGGUUUAGGAGAAAACAUUCAGUUGAUUUAGAUGCUGAGAAGCAGCUUCAUGAAGAUGGAUUUGAAGAUUCAUAUGCGCAUAGUGUGAUAGAUGAUACUGGAGUCUCUACUUCAACUUCACUACAAUCAUAUAAAGAGCAAAGUAAGGAACAUUAUGCUGCAACACGCAUUCAAACAGCUUUUCGAGGCUUUCUGGCUAGAAGAGCUUUACGAGCGUUGAAGGGAUUGGUUAGACUUCAAGCUCUUGUUAGAGGACACGCUGUGAGAAAACAAGCAGCUGCGACGCUUCGGUGCAUGCAAGCGUUAGUGAGAGUCCAGGCUCGUGUACGGGCUAGACGUGUUCGCCUCGCCUUGGAGAGUGAAACGCGUCAGAAACUACAGCAACAGCUAGCAGAUGAAGCCCGAGUUCGAGAAAUUGAGGAAGGUUGGUGCGAUAGCAUUGGUUCUGUUGAACAGAUCCAAGCAAAGCUGAUAAAGAGGCAGGAAGCUGCAGCUAAGCGUGAGAGGGCUAUGGCUUAUGCUUUGACUCACCAGUGGCAAGCAGGGACUAGGCAGUUAUCUGCGGCGUACAAUGGCUUUCAACCUGACAAAAACAACUGGGGAUGGAACUGGUUGGAAAGAUGGAUGGUUGUCCGUCCAUGGGAGAACCGGUUUCUUGAUAGUUACCUCAUGGAGGAUGCGCAAUUAGUAGGAUCUCAGUCAGUGGAAAACUCACGCCAACGUCUCAAAAAGUAGCAGUUGAAGACAACUCUGCCCAAAACCAGAGAAGACGCAACUCCGACCCAAUAAAACAGAGGCUUCCAUAGAGCCCUUUGCUAGAAUAUAUGUGAAUCGUCACCUCAAGUCCCUCUCCCCUCGUCCCUGUACAUACACAGCUUCUCUGAUAAAGAGAACACACAAAAACAUGGGAGAAUGAACCGUGCUGAUCAGGCUCUUGCCAAUGUGUGUAUAUAUAUAUAUAUAUAUAUAUAUAGUACGUUAUUUUGUAUAAGUAUUAAUUUUUUAAAAAGAGUAAUUACACUAUCAUAAUAAGUUAUUACAUA